UUCAUAGGAACGCGCCUUCUCCACACGCUUUCUUUUAUUUUUUCUUUCAAUUAUUGAGCUACAAAUCACGAUGGAUAAAUAAAUCUUCAACUUAUAACCGUUCAAGUUGCAAAGUCACUCACAUUUUAAUUUCUUUUGCGUUUUUUGCAAGACACUUUCAGAUAUCUGUUGGUGUUUAAAUGGGUUCUUCAUCAACUUUUGGUGCUUCUCAGUCAAACUCAAAACAUGAUGUUUUUCUCAACUUUAGAGGGGAAGAUACUCGAUGCAAUUUUACAAGCCAUCUUUAUGCUGCCUUGGUUAGAAAAAAUGUCCACACAUUCAUUGAUGACGAGGAAAUUGAGAGAGGAGAUAGUAUCUCACCGACGCUUUUUUCAGCUAUCGAAAGCUCAAAGAUUUGCGUAACAAUUUUCUCGCAGGAUUAUGCUUCUUCUGCAUGGUGUUUAGAUGAACUUGCGAAGAUCAUUGAAUGCAAUGAGAACAAAAAACUUAUUGUCAUACCUGUUUUCUAUCAUAUUGACCCAUCUCAUGUAAGACACCAGAGGGGAACUUAUGAAGAUGCAUUUACCAAACACGAACAGCGUUUCAAGGAUAAUCUAUUCAAGGUACAAAAGUGGAGAACUGCUCUGCAUCAAGCAGCCAACUCAGCAGGAUGGGAUUCCUCAAAUAUUAGGCUGGAGGCUGACCUAGUGGAAAAAAUUGUUGAAGAUAUAUUAGAUAAGUUGAAAUGUAUAAGCCCACAUGUUCCAAAGAAGGGGCUUGUAGGAAUUACUCGACACAUGGCACAUGUCGAAUCAUUGUUAUGCACUGGAUCAGCUGAUGUACGGAUUAUUGGUAUUUGGGGUAUGGGUGGUAUAGGCAAGACAACCAUUGCAGAGGCUAUAUAUACAAAAGUCUCUUCUCAAUACGACGGAUGCUACUUCGCUGCCAAUGUGAGGGAAAAAUGGAAAUAUUCUAGAGAAAACGAGUUACGGACUAAACUUCUGGCUGGUGUAUUAGGGAACCAAAACUUGGAUAUUAGCACCCCUACUAUAAGUUCCACUUUUGUUGUAGGAAGGCUUCAAUGUAAAAAGCUUCUCAUUGUUCUCGAUGACAUAAGUGAUUCCAAACAAAUAGAAUAUCUUGUUGGCGAGAAAGAUUGGUUUGGACCUGGUAGUCGAAUCAUAGUGACGACCAGAAAUAAAGAAGUGUUUAACAGUGGUGUUGAUGAAUUAUACCAAGUGAAGGUAUUGAAUUCUCAUGAAUCACUAAAGCUUUUUAGCUUGAAGGCCUUUCAACAAGACCAUCCAAUGAGGGAAUACCAACACUUGUCAGACAGGGCAGUAGAUUAUGCUAAGGGCAAUCCUCUUGCUCUUAAAGUUCUGGGUUCCAAUCUUUGUGCCAAACGACCAAAAGAAUGGGAGAGUGCACUGGAGAAACUGAAGAAAAUUCCCAAGGCUGAAAUUUAUGAUGUGUUAAGAUUGAGUUAUGAAGGAUUAGACCCAGAAGAGCAGAAUAUAUUUUUAGAUAUUGCCUGCUGUUUGAAAGGAAAAACGAAAUGCAGUAUAACAAGAAUAUUAGACGGCUGCGGUUUUUCUACCGAAAUUGGGAUGAGAAGCCUUGAAGAUAAGUCUCUUGUAACCAUUUCCAAUGGCAACGAGGUAGAGGUGCAUGAUCUGAUACAAGAGAUGGGUUGGCAAAUAGUUCGUGAAGAAUCUAUGAAAGAGCCUGGAAAACGAAGUCGAUUGUGGGAUCCUAAAGAAAUUUAUGAUGUCCUCAAGUACAACACGGGUACUGACAGUAUUGAGAGCAUAGUGUUGGACAUGUCUCAAAUCAAAGAAGUGACAUUAAGGCCUCAAACUUUUGACAGAAUGUACAAGAUAAGGCUUUUGAAUUUUCAUGUUCCUUCACAUGGUAAGAGAAGAACCAAUGUGCAUUUUUCCAGAAGUCUUGAGUGUUUGCCGGAUGAAUUGAGUUAUCUCCGAUGGGACUUUUUCCCAUUGAAAUCCUUGCCUCCAUCGUUUUGUGCAGAGAAGCUUGUUGAACUUGAUCUAAAACAUAGCCUUGUUGAAAAGCUAUGGAAUGGAGUGCAGGAUCUUGUGAAUUUGAAGUUAUUGAACCUUGGUGGUUGCAAGCACCUGAUUGAGCUCCCAGAUAUGUCUUUGGCUUCAAAGCUUGAAGAAGUGCAUCUUGAUGAUUGUACAAGUUUGUUGCAUGUUCCUUCAUCCAUUUUGUCACUUGAUAGUCUUUUUGCACUAAAUCUGAGAGGCUGUAAAGAGCUUCGUUACAUUCAAAGUGAGAAGCAGUCUAGAUCUCUUACAUGGCUCAAUCUCAGAGGAUGCUCAAGACUUGUAAAAUAUUCAGUUAUUUCAGAGAAAUUGGACUCUUUGAACUUAGAUGACACGGCAAUUGAAGAACUGCCUUCAUUAGUUAUUGGUUUAGAUUGUAGCAUCCAGCUUCUCGACUGCCCAAAACUUGAGAAAUUACCUGCAACAUUUGAUUCCUCACUGUCCAUUACUUCGCUCCGUCUAGAUAAUUGUUUAAAUUUAUCAAAACUCCCUGACAACCUCGGCCUCUUGUCAAAAUUAAAUAAACUAUCAUUAAGAGGAAGCAAUAUUGAGAACUUGCCUGGUAGCAUAAAAUAUCUUUCGCAGUUGAGAGAUCUCAAUGUGAGCAACUGUAGGAAGCUCCGUUCCUUGCCCGAGCUUCCAUUCUUUUUACAAGACUUGAAUGCAAGUAAUUGCAUUUCCCUAGAAAUAGUAUCCAACUUAGGGAUCACAGUUUUGAAAGAUUCAUUUGACAAGCAGAAGAAGUUAUCAUUUUUCAGACAGAUUCAGGAGAAAGAAAAAAUGUCUAUUCGUCAUCGUGAGUAUUUCGGAAGAUUUGAGUUCUAUAAUUGCAUGAAAUUGAAUCAGAUUGCGUGCCAGGCUAUUAUGGAAGAAGCUGUGAUUAUAAUUCAGCUAGCAGCCAGCCUAUCCUCAACGAUUGAUGAUUGUAAUGAUCCUUACAGUCAAACCGGGGAAAUUUCUAAGAAUUUUGACCCUGAAGAUUUGGUAUAUAUUUCCCGUCCGGUUUAUAUUAUUUUACCAGGAAAUGAAGUCCCAGAUUGGUUCACACUUAAAAGUACAGACUCCUCUAGCAUAACAACUGAACUUUCUUCAUUGGGUUUUGCUUUCUGCCUUGUUGCUGGACCAUCUGACUCAAACAGGAAGAAAAUUUGUCGUACUGGUUAUGUGGCAGGGUGUAGAUGCUAUGUUGGGGGAAAUUAUGCUGGAACAUGCAUUAUAAAGUCUUCUUCUACUGAUUCCAAAUCAGAUCAGGUAUGGCUGUGGUAUGACCAGAUUUUAAACGUUGUAAAUGGGAGCGGUUCUUCAGAUAAGAUCUCCUUUGAGUUUUUUGUCCGGCCUGGUAGUUCAGGACUUGUUGUGAAACAUUGCGGAGUUCGACCAUUGUAUGCUCCGUUAGACACUAUGCAAUGUUCAAGCGAAGAAGUUAUCCGAGAAGGUAAGAGAGCAUAUCAGGAGUUUGAAGGCAACAAAACUCCAACCAGUUAUGCCCUUAUUCGCCAAUAUGCUGUUCCUCGUGACAAGGGACUUGAAUUGUCAUUAAAAGAAAGGAUUUCAGGGUAUCCCGAAGGACAAUUUGGGAAAUCCAUCCCAUCAAUUUCUUGUGCCACAAAUGUUGUUGAACUUCAAAUGCAACACAACUGCUAUGGUAAUUGUGCCGAAGUAAUUGUUAGUUUUGGCCUUGUUGGUAGAAGUUCCCAGCCACUGCAUGAUCUGCGGUAUUUAGCACGACAAAUUCAGGAUUACUAUUGUUAUUUUGGUGAACUUGUAAACAAUAUCAACGUCUUUUCAUCUCUAAGGAGAUUGUCUCUAUAUGAUUGUAAUAUUGAAAGCUUGCCUGCUAGCAUCAAGCAUCUUUCAUGUCUGGAAUAUCUUUCAUUGAAGAACUGCAAGAGGCUUACGUCUCUCCCCAAUCUUGUACCAUCCCUUACGAGAUUGUAUGUUGUUGAGUGCACAUCUCUGGAGACAGUUGAAUUUGUUGAGGAAAACACCAUGAUUUUUCCAAUAUCCAAUGAAAUGGUUACCUAUAACAAAGUAUCGAGAAUACAAGUUACUGAACCAAGAGCAAGUGUCAGAGACUGGUACAUGGAAAUGUCAAUGUCAAUGUCAAGGCCAGGAGAUCCAAUGUAUAUUGCGUUCAAUGUUGGUCCAAGAACAACCAAGUCACUGAAUUUGAUGUGCGUAGGUGAUACGGUAAAAGUUACUAUUGAAAUUAGGGAAUUUAGGUUACAAUAUUUACAUUAUUUACAUUAAAUUAGGGAAAUUAGGGAAUAGGAGAAAAUAAUAAGGAACAAUAAAAUAUUAUUGAUAAUAAUGUCAAUAACCCUAAUUACAAUAUUUACAUUAUUUACAUUCUCAAAUAGUAUGAUACUACAUUGGUAUUUAUAACCAAGUGAAUAAAUUUAAAUCUAAACUAAAUCCCUUUAUUAUAGGGCUAAGAAUAAACAAACCAAAUCGAGAUAUUUUCUCAACAAAUAAUAUUAUAAUAUUUUCUAUUCUAACACUCCCCCUUAAGCUAAAGCUUACUAAGCUUUAAGCUUGUUACAAAAUUAACCCUGAAAAAAAAUUAAAUCCAUUGAUAGCAAGCCAACGAAGAGCAGCAACCAAAGAAGCAGUAGAGGAGCGGCUGAAGAGAUGAAUCCAUAUCAAAUUAAGUAAAAAUACCCGCGGAUUGAAAUAUCACAAACGGGGGCCCGCGGAUUAAAGAAUCACAAACGGGUAACUGUGGUUAAAGGUAACGGGACCCGCGGAUUAAAGAAUCACAAACGGGUAACGGGAUUAAAGGUAAAGGGGGCCCGCGGAUUAAAUAAUCACAAACGGGUAACGAGAUUAAAGGUAGCAGGGACCUGUGGAUUAAAGAAUCACAAACGGGUAACAUGAUUAAAGGUAACGGGGACCCGAAGAGUAAAGAAUCACAAACGGGUAACAAAAUAAAAAGAAAUUUCAAUGACGGCUAGAGUUUAUAUGAAAAAAAGGUUAAGUAAAGCAUAUAUGAACAAAAA